AUGGCGGCCGCCGUAGGCAGAAUUUGUGGGGCACGACUUUUGAAAAAUUAUGGUUUAGUUGCACCCCAGGUACAUCAGCUGUCCACUAGUACUAAGGGAUGGACCAAAAGUAGAAAAUUGUGGCUGUCUACAUUAGGAGUAGUAGGUGGAGGGGUGGGAGCCCUGCUGUUUGCUCUUGAGCAAUCAGUUCAGGCUUCUGGAAGUGAAGCCCAUCCAUACCACCAACCCUGGAGCCAUGAUGGCUGGUUCAAAUCGCUUGACCAUGCCAGUGUUCGUCGUGGGUAUGAAGUGUAUAAACAGGUGUGCAAAGCCUGCCAUUCCCUGCAAUACAUUGCCUACCGUAAUCUGGUCAAUGUAACCCAUACAGAAGCUGAAGCUAAAGCAGAGGCCGCUGAAGUAAUGAUUAAAGAUGGACCAGAUGAAGAAGGUAACUUCUUUGAGAGGCCUGGAAAACUAUCGGAUUACUUCCCAUCGCCAUACCCCAACGAAAACGCAGCUAGGGCGGCUAACAAUGGUGCAUAUCCACCUGAUCUAUCCUUGAUUGCAUCUGCCCGCCACGGAGGCGAAGACUAUAUAUUUGCGCUGUUGACCGGCUACAUGGACCCACCGGCUGGUAUAGUUCUCAGAGAGGGACAGAACUACAACCCAUACUUUGCUGGUGGAGCUUUAUCUAUGGCUCAAGUACUUUUUGACGAGGCUGCAGAAUACUCGGAUGGUACACCAGCCACUGCCUCGCAGUUAGCUAAGGAUAUUUCAACUUUCCUCCGGUGGUGUUCUGAGCCGGAACUCGACGACCGACGCCUCAUGACCAUUAAAGCCAUUGGAAUUUUCUCAAUGCUCGCUGCAGUUGUCUACUACUACAAGCGACACAAGUGGUCCGUACUCAAGUCACGCAAACUAGCCUAUAAACCAGUCUCUAAGAAAUAA